AUGGCUCUCAUAGAAAUUGGAGCAAUUGGAGCACGCAUCAACAACUGUACUGGGCCUAUAUCUACCCUUCAAACAGAACUGUUUGCCAUACUCCUUGUUGCAACUCAAUGUGUCCAUGUAUCUAAGAUUUUAGCCAUGUAUAAACCAAGGGAAAAUCUAGAAAAUUUUGAGACCCCUGAGAAAGCUAGUAAAAUUGUCCAGCUUCAAGAAUUCAAGAAAUUUUCUGAUUCAGCUGAUGCUUUGCAAGCAGGAGUUGCACUGAAUGAAGGUAAAUUAUGUAAACCACUGAAGAAACUCUUGAAGAAGGUGUUUUCACAAGUAUCAAAUGAGGAACUGAUGGUAUGGGAUACAAAACUUGGAAUUUCAAUUAAGGAGAACUUUGAUGUGCAAUGUGUAACCAACAACACUGUGAGUGAGCUGAUGAGAUGUAUCAAGUCACAAGUGGAAGCUCUCAUCCCAGGCUUGCAGGAGAAGAACUGGCUGCUAUGUCAUUAGGACUUGGUCACAAUUUGGCUCGGUACAAGCUCAAAUUUU